UCCGAGUCUCCGAGUCUAAGCCACCCGCCACCUGGGAAGCCGUCAGGAGUCUAACGGGACCGGUCGCUGCACCCAGGGGCCUCCUCGGCCCGGGCUCUGGAACACGGCCUUCAUUCCCGCAGGCGCACAGCCACAUGGCUCCGUGAGCAUGAAGCCCAGCCCCGCGGGCGCCGCCCCGGAGGCCUGCAGAGCCGCGGGCGCCGCCCCGGAGGAGAGCUGCCCCGUCUGCCAGGCCGGGGGAGCGGGCGCCGGCCGGGGGUCCGUGCCCGGGGCUGGCCGGGCGUCUGGUUCAGUACCUGGACCGGAACCUGGUUCUGCUCCAGGACCUGGACCGGGACCUGCUGCUGCUCCGGGACCUGGUGCUGCUCCGGGACCUGGUGCCGCUUCAGGACUUGGGCCAGGACCUGGUGCUGUGUCCAGGCCUACUCCAGGGCCUGCUGGUGCUCUGGGAUCUGGACCAGGACCUGGUUCUGCUCUGGGUCCUGGUGCUGCUCUGGGGCCUGGUUCUGCUCUGAAACCUGGACCGGGUCCUGGUUCUGCUCUGGGACCUGGUUCUGCUCCGGAACCUGGUGCUGCUUCAGGUCCGGGGCCUGGGCCAGGACCUGGGUCAGUACCUGGGCCCGGAGCUGGGUCAGUACCAGGGCCGGGACCUGGGUCAGUACCGGGGCCCGGAGCUGGGUCAGUACCGGGGCCCGGAGCUGGGUCAGUACCGGGCCCGGGACCUGGGUCAGUACCGGGGCCCGGAGCUGGGUCAGUACCUGGGCACAGAGCUGGGUCAGUACCGGGGCCUGGAGCUGGGUCAGUACCGGGCCCGGGACCUGGGUCAGUACCGGGGCCCGGAGCUGGGUCAGUACCGGGGCCCGGAGCUGGGUCAGUACCGGGGCCCGGAGCUGGGUCAGUACCGGGGCCCGGAGCUGGGUCAGUACCGGGGCCCGGAGCUGGGCCAGUACCGGGGCCAGGGGCAGGGCCUGGGCUCCGCGGUGAGCCCGGUGAGUCCGCGGCAGCCCCCUCCCCGGCACGGCAGCAGAAGGCUCCGUCCGCACCGGGGCAGGCCCCGCGGCAGAAGGUUCUGGUGACCGGAGGAGGCGGCUACCUGGGCUUCAGUCUCGGCUCCAGCCUGGCCAAGAGCGGCUCUUCCGUCAUCCUGCUCGACCUCCGCAGGCCCCAGUGGGAGCUGGUCCCGGGGACCGAGUUCAUCCAGGCCGACGUCCGGGACGAGGCGGCCCUGCUCCGUGCCUUCGAAGGGGUGGACUGUGUCUUCCAUGUGGCCUCCCACGGCAUGUCCGGUGCCGAGAAGCUUCAGAAAGAGCAGAUUGAGUCUGUCAAUGUCGGAGGCACCAAACUGGUGAUCGAUGUCUGUGUCCGCCAGCGCGUUCCCAGGCUCGUCUACACCAGCACCGUCAACGUGGCUUUCGGCGGGAAGCCCAUCGAGCAGGGGGACGAGGACUCGGUGCCCUACUUCCCGCUGGAGAAGCACAUGGACCACUACUCCAGAACCAAGGCCAUCGCCGACCAGCUGACCCUCUCGGCCAACGGCACGCCUCUCCCAGGAGGAGGCACCCUGCGGACCUGCGUCCUCCGGCCCCCGGGGAUCUACGGCCCCGAAGAGCAGCGGCACCUGCCCCGCGUGGCGAGCCACAUCCAGAAGAGGCUGUUCAUGUUCCGCUUCGGGGACCGCGGCGCCAGGAUGAACUGGGUCCACGUGCAAAACCUGGUGCGGGCGCACGAGCUGGCGGCCGAGGCGCUCACCGCGGCCAAGGGCUUCGUGGCCAGCGGGCAGGCCUACUACAUCAACGACGGGGAGAGCGUCAACCUCUUCGAGUGGAUGGCGCCGCUGUUCGAGAAGCUGGGGUACAGCCAGCCCUGGAUCCAGGUGCCCACCUCCUGCGUCUACCUGACGGCCGUGCUGAUGGAGUACCUGCACCUGGCACUCAGGCCCCUCUGCAGCGUCCCGCCCCUGCUCACCCGCAGCGAGGUGCACAGCGUGGCCGUGACGCACACCUUCCAGAUCCGCAAGGCGCGCGCGCAGCUGGGCUACGCCCCCGACAAGUUCCACUUCGCCGACGCCGUGGAGCACUUCGUGCGCGCCCGCCCGCCGCCCCGCCGGGCCCGCGCGCGGGGGCUGCUGCGGCUGCUGCUGGCGCUGCUGCUGCUCGGCCUGCUCGCCGCCCUGCUGCUCCGAGGCCGGCGGCCGGCGGCCUGACCGUCUGACCGUCUGACCGGGCCCAGCCCCGCCUCACCCUCCGCUGGACCCGCCCCGCCUCACCCUCCGCCUGACACCCCUCUGGGCCUCGGUCCUGCUGCCCGCUCGGGCCUGGCCCGGUUCCGAUGAGGCCCUAGCCUUAAGCCUGCCCCGCCUAACGGGACUGCCCCCCACCCCGGUCCAGCCUGGGUCGCCUCGGGUCUCCCCGCUUUGGUUCCUCCUUUUCCGGACGGAGGGGUGCGCCGGAGCCCAGCCUGGCUGCUCCUCCCUCUGGGCCCGGCCCCGCCCCCCCGCGUGUCCUGCUCCGGCCCCGCCCCUC